AAACCGCAAAGCCCUUUUUAUGCCCAGGACGCAUCGCCCAUUCCCCCACCCACGAAGGAAAGCCACACACAGCAGAGCAGCAGCAGCAGCAGCAGGAGAGAAAACGCCAUGGCGGUGAGCAACAACAUCACGGCGUGCGUGACCCUGAUGGCGCUGAUCUGCGCGCUCCCCGUGAUCGCCUCCGGCGUCUGGUUCGCCUCGGCCCAGGGGGAGGAGUGCGCGCGGCUGGCGCGGUGGCCCGUGGCGAUCCUGGGCGGGCUCAUCCUCCUCACGGCCCUGGCGGGAUUCGUCGGCGCCUACUGGAACCGCAGGCGACUCCUGGCCUUCUACCUCUUCGCCAUGGCGGCGCUCAUCGUGCUCCUCAUCGCGCUGCUCGCCUUCGCCUUCGCCGUCACCAGGGGGUCCGGGGCCUACCCGGUGCUCGGCCGCAACUACGACGAGUACCGCCUCGACGGGUUCUCCAUGUGGCUCCGCGGGUAUGUCUCUGAUGACCCUGGACGGUGGGAGGGGAUCCGGUCCUGCCUUGCCGUCUCUGAUACCUGCAAGAAGCUCGCUCGCCAGGCCAGCUUCGUCACCGCCGACCAGUUCUACCAGUCCAACCUCACGCCCCUCCAGUCGGGGUGCUGCAAGCCGCCGUCGGUGUGCGGGCACGUGUACGUGAGCCCGACGGUGUGGACGAGCCCGGCGCGGCCAGCGGCGGACCCGGACUGCGGGCUGUGGAGCAACGACCCGGCGCAGCUGUGCUACGAGUGCGAGUCGUGCCGCGCGGGGCUGCUGGCGGCGCUGCGGAGCCAGUGGCACAGGGCCAACAUCGCGCUCGUCGUCGCCACCGUCGCCCUCGUCUUCCUCUACCUCGUCGGAUGCAGCGCAUACAAGAACGCCCAGGCCGAGGCCAUCUUCCGCCGCUACAAGUGGUAAAUUCCAGAUCCAAUCCAUGGAUCGAUGAUCCAGAACCGGCAUUGCUGCCAAUUCGCCAGUGUUUGUUUGUUUUAGUAGUAGCUUGGUAAGGUAGGGUUCAAACAGUAAGUAGUUCGUGGGGAUUUUCAGUGACAGACGCCUGUACUGUUUUGUGUUCUUGUGGAUGUUGUAAUUUAAUUUGCAGUAGAGAUGUGCUUGAGAUUCAUGGCCAGGUUUGUGAUUGAA